AUGACAACGCCAAACGUGGUUUCCGAGUCGAUUGCGGAUGAAUUAGCUCAAUUACUCGAAGAAUUAGAGACUGAUGAAAUCAAAAAUGUCACAGGUACUAUUGCCUGUCAAGACAUUCAAACGUCACUCGAUCGUAUUACCGACGAAUUACGGGUUAUUGUCGAUGAACAGUAUUUCGUGGAACUUCAUGAAAUAUGUCGCAGUAUCCGACAAAUCUUCAACAUACUGUGUGAAAAACUGACCAAGGCAGAAGCAAAAAUUGAAGAGUUGACAAAACUUGAAGAGCAAGUGAAGACUAUGCAAAAGCAACUUGACAAGGCGGAAAUAUCCGACGGUCAUUUGUGCUCGGUUCGGUCGCAACGCAAUUGCUAA